AUGCUGCUGCCAGAGUUCUGCCGAUAUAUAAUAUGUAAUGCAUAUUUUGUGCAAUACGUGAUCUGGCAGACUUGGCUAUCUGGGUUAUUAAGUAAUAUAAUUGCUUAUCUUUAUCCCUCCCUACUACCUCUUAAAGCUUGACAAAAUGUUUUUUAUCAUCCUGUAUAAAAAGGCGCAAUUAAUGUGAUACUUAUCACAAUUAGUGGUUGAUUUCUCGUGUUAACAGAGCCACUUCUAAGUGAUACCGACGAGCAAUCAUGAAUAUUUAUGUAACGUUAUGUCUUUUCACCGUAUUUUCAACAAAUGUUAAUUCAAAGCCUAAUGAUGAUCAACAUUUAAUAUCUAAAACUGAUUACACCAUGGAACAAAAUGGCCAAAAUGAAAUUUUUGCACAAAAUUUGGAAAUUACAAUUAAAGUGAAAUAUGUAAUAUGGAAAGUGGAGAGCAUCACACAACAAUUCAAAAAUAUUCGUAAAGAAACGGAAGAAGAUACCGCCACGACAGUCACGCACAAGUGGUGGGACGAAAUGGACAACUAUAAAGACUUGGUCAAUCAUUUGCUCGUUUUUAUGCGCAGAGAAGUUAAUCAUGCUAAGGCUAAGGAUAAAGCGAAGGAUAAGGAUAUACAACGCUGCUACGAUACCAAUUUUUGUGGCAUAAGCAAGCACAGUGACGCAGCAUAUAAAGCCGCAGAAGAAUGCGUAGAAACAGCUGAGAACUCCAUCGAGAAGAGCCUCGGAUUUAUCGAUGAUCUCACCUUGUUAGGGGAAACGUUAAUAACAGAAUUGAAUGAGCUUUCCACAAAGUGCCAUAAUAGUGAUAGUAGCACAAUGGAAAGCUGCAUUCUUACCGAACUAGCGAGGAUUAACAUCGCUGUGAAAACUUAUGAGGAAAAUGCGAAAUAUGUCGAGUUCAACGCCUUGUCCGCAUCCGAUUAUGUCGUUCUGCAAGCUAACAAAUGCUUGUACAAUGUUUAUAAAUAUGCGGGUUUCGAAAGCAAGGGCGCCAUGUCGUCUAACUCGGGAUGUAUCCAAAAUGUUCUGAAAAAUAAGAAAAGUAUAAUUAAAAAUCUAAAGUCUACAUGUAAAUUACGACUUGCUUCUGUUUGAAGUUUGUUUCGAGAGAAAGAAAAAGAGGGACUAAAAAGAAAACAAUAGAUAUUCAAUAGAACCAAUUCAAAGCACUGCUACAAUUACGUAUAUCCUUUAUAUUAAAAAAAAAGCCUUCAUUGUUAACGUACUCUUGUCCACCUUUCCUGCAAAGUCGACUUCCAAAAAAUAGUUUUAUGUCCGUA